AACAAUUCGGCCAUUGAGCUGCUGGUCCUGUCCCUCCUACCAAUUGAUUCUUCCCCAUCCUACACUCCAUCAUGUUUGCCUCCACUGCAAUGCACCACAAUAUUCCAUCAUGCCCUCCUCUCGAACAAAGAUCCUAUUCGGAAAGCAGUGAUGACUCCAUGCAAUCGGCUUUCGGAUAUUUCGAUAAUACCAUGUACACCAUGGCGGCGACCGAUCUGCCCAUGACCCAACCUUCCUUCGAACCAUCCUCCUACGACUCCACCUCCUUCACAUCAUCCGUCAAUUCCUCCCCUUUCAACGCCUACUACAACUUCACUCCUUCUCUCAUGUACUCGCCGGAAACAUACACUUUCCUUCAAACACAAACACCUCCGGUGCCUGUACCGGGCGGGGAAUGGGUUGCACCGCAAUCCACCACUCCCAGCACUGAGGUCGUAUACUCUCCGGAAGAGACUUGCGACGCAUUAGACAACUCUAGACCCGUCAAACCCUUCUCGUGCCGCGACUGCGGCAAGGCGUUCACACGUCCCGCCGACCUGAAACGGCAUCACACCAGCGUCCACAACCCCGUGUUUCAGGACUGCCCAGUACAAGAAUGUCUGCGCAAGGAUGGCAAUGGGUUUCCGCGUCGCGACCAUCUGAUUGAACACCUGCGCUCGUUUCACCACUGGGACGUCCCUAAGCGUCGGACGACCAAGCGGUCGCGAACCGAUUAGUGUCAUGAUGCUUUUCCUCUGCCUUAUACCCUUUGCGUCAUGAUGCUGUUCAAUAUACCCUUCUGUUUGUUGCCGGGUGAUCACCCAUGGCACUUUACGUCCGUCUAUGUCCGCUAUGCUUCUCAUGUCUAUGCUUAUGCUUAUGCUUCUUCAUGUUGUCGAUGACCCACGGACGGUAUGGCGUUCCGGACCUCAUUCUAUCUAUUUUCCUUUUGGCAUAUACCAUUUCAUUUGGUUUUCUUAUACACAUAGACAUUGUGUACCAGUCACAAGUUUAUUAAUACAUUACCUUCAACAUGUC